CGACGCAGUUUGUGUACGUAAGGCAUUCCGCAAACCCCAAAACCCUCUCGCUCUCCAUCUGCGAAACCUGAGAAGCAGAGAGUGCUGCUGCACAUCGGAAAUGGCGAGGUCAGCGCUCCUCCACUUGCUCCGCGCUCAGUCGAAGCACCGCCAUCUUUCCUCAGGGAACCUAUUGUGUAGAUCUUUUGCAUCGCCUCAUACAUGGAGUUCCAGACCUAGUUUCAAUACUGCCACCAAAUUUUCAGCUGGUAGCAGGAGAUGGCUGUCUCAGAGCCCAGCUGCUGAAGAAGAUAACAAGAUCAGUAUUGGACCGCGAAGAGGGGUUGAACCCAGAGAAGAUGAGAAAGACAACAGCAUUGUUUACUAUGGUCCAAUUUCUUCCACUAUUAAGAAAGUGAAACUCCUAUCACUCUCCACCUGCUGCCUCUCUGUAUCCUUGGGACCGGUCAUAACCUUCAUGACAUCACCUGACAUGAACGUGAUCUUGAAGGGUGCUGUGGCAUCUUCUGUAAUAUUCCUCAGCGCUUCAACCACUUUAGCUCUUCACUGGUUUGUGAACCCAUACGUUCACAGACUGAAAUGGCAGCCUGGUUCUGAUAGCUUCGAGGUGGAGAUGAUGUCAUGGUUAGCGACACAUAUUCCAAGGACAAUCAAGUUCUCGGAUAUUAGACCUCCAGAGACUAACAGGCCCUUUGUGACAUUCAAGGCGAAUGACGAUUUCUAUUUUGUUGACAAAGAGCACUGCCAUAACAAGGCUUUGUUGGCCAGGCUGACCCCACGGAAACCUCCAGUUCAUGAGUCUGCUUUGAAGAACUUGUAAUUUGAACGGGCAAAUGGGAAAUUUUGGAGGAUCUUUCGUUCAAGGCUUUGCUAUCAUUUUUUCCCCUCAGAUGAACUUCAGCAGACAGCUGCCUGGAAUCAUGCCGUGAAUUUUUUCUUCACUUGUCUGCAUUUUUAGAGAAUUUUCGGCCUUUGUGAAAUCACAGUGGAUUUUUUUGUUAUCUUUUGACUGGCCAUGUUUGCACUCUGCAUGAAAUAAAGAUGAUGAGAACUGUGAUGUAAAUCUCAAGUACCUUCAGGAAAUUUAAGCUUAUGAAAAUUAUCUUUAA